AUGGCAGUGUGGAUGGAGGUGGAAGAGGGCAUAAAGGGGAUGAAUGGCGAUGGAAAAAAUAAAAUGAAUGUGUCUUACUUUGCCCUGCUAGUGUUCCAGCUACCGGGUCAAACGCGGGCCUUUCGUUGUUGUUGGUCUGGGAGGUCUCCCGAGAGCUCUCCUAGGACCGACCUCCUAGCGCUCAGUCCCUGGCCAGUCAACCCCAGUUUGAUGGCAGAAAAACGCAGGGACGGAGCGGGCCUCACAGUCCGGCUUCGGAUUGGGGCAAAUGGGGGGCGAAGGCGAAAGCGAAGCCUAGAAGUCGCUGUCCCCUCUUUGCGGCGACGUGUCGCCGUUCCCGUCGCGGGUCUGCGCGUUUUCGCAGCGCCGCGGAGGGAUGACAGGCAGCCCGGGAUUGCGGCUCCUCCGGGAGGGUCCGAGUGCGGUGGAGCCUGGAGCUUGCGGCGAACCGCUCUGUGCAGCCGGGACAGGGAGAGCAGAGGCAGUGACGUCACCCAAGGCGGGGCUCCGGUCCUAAAUAAAGUCGGUGGGACGCUAGCAGCCGCAGCGGCUGCCAAGCAGAGCCUCGCCAUGAGCAACAUCUCCGAGCUCCAUGUCCCGUGUAGCGCUGGCCAGCUGUUGCUGCAGCCCCUCUGGGACCGCCUGAGGACCCUGGAGUCCCUUACCCAAUCGCCCUUCUUCCCGGUCAUCUUCUCCAUCACCGUCUACGUGGUCUUCUGCCUGCCCUUCGUGGUCCUGGACUUCCUGUGCCCCUGGGUGCCCGCGCUGCGGCGCUACAAGAUCCAGCCCAACUUCUUGCCGACGGCGCGGCAGCUGCUGCCCUGCUUGGCGCAGACGCUCUACCAGCACCUGGUGUUCGUGUUCCCCCUGACACUGGUGUACUGGGCCGGCAGCCCGGCUCUCCUGCCCGCCGAACCCCCUGAGCUGCUGCAGCUGGUGUGCCACGUCGUGCUCUGCCUGCUGCUCUUCGAUGCCGAGUUCUUCGUGUGGCACCUGCUGCACCACAAAGUGCCCUGGCUGUACCGGACCUUCCACAAGAUGCACCACCAGAACUCGCCCUCGUUCGCGCUGGCCACGCAGUACAUGAGCGUCUGGGAGCUGUUUUCCUUGGGCUUCUUUGACAUGAUGAAUGUCACGGUGCUCCAGUGCCACCCGCUCACCAUCCUGGUCUUCCACGUGGUCAACAUCUGGCUGUCGGUGGAGGACCACUCCGGCUAUGACUUUCCCUGGUCCACGCACAGACUGGUACCUUUUGGGUGGUACGGGGGUGUGGCACACCACGACCUGCAUCACUCUCAGUUUAACUGCAACUUCGCCCCUUACUUCACACACUGGGACAGACUAUUGGGAACUCUGCGGCCCACUCACGCCAAGUAA